CAACACCUAGUGUAAGCGUGGCUGUGUAUUAAGCAAGUAAGGCAAGCUAAGGUUGUUAUUUGAAAUAUACAGACAGCAGUGGCUAAGCUUCGGACAAAAAGCAAGAAAAUAAGUCUUUUGCAAAUUUAGUUUUUAUUUAAUCAACAAACGCGCAACACAUACGCAAAAUGACGCGUGUGUUGCCAGUUUUAGGCAUCAUCAUGCUAACCUGUACUUUGGCUACCAGCCAGGAUACGAAUGACAAACUUGAAGGCAUAGAUAUUGAAGAAGUUUGUACCGAUCGACCGGGUGAUGAAUACUUCCGCUUAGAUACAGAGGGCGAUUGCCGUGAAGUAUACAGAUGUGAUAAUGCCGGUGAGAAUGGCAGCACACGCUUAGCGUCAAUACGUUGCGCUGGCGGUUUGGCAUUCGAUAUAAUGAGACAAACAUGUGAUUGGAAAACAAAUGUCAAAAAUUGUGAUCAGAUUGAGAAACCACGUAAAGUCAAACCUAUUCUGAAGACUGACGAGCCCAUUUGUCCGGAAGGUAAACUAUCUUGCGGCGAUGGUGAAUGUCUUGAGAAGGAACUUUUCUGCAAUGGUAAACCCGAUUGUAAGGAUGAAUCCGAUGAAAAUGCCUGCUCUGUUGACGAUGAUCCAAAUCGCGCCCCUGAAUGUGAUCCUACUCAGUGCGCUUUGCCGGAUUGCUUCUGUUCGGCCGAUGGCACGCGCAUACCUGGUGGCAUUGAACCCCAGCAAGUACCUCAAAUGAUUACUAUUACUUUCAAUGGCGCCAUCAAUGUGGAUAACAUUGAUUUGUAUGAAGAUAUAUUCAACGGUCAGCGUCAGAAUCCCAAUGGCUGCUCCAUAAAAGGCACCUUUUUUGUCUCCCAUAAAUACACCAACUAUUCGGCUGUUCAAGAUCUUCAUAGGCGUGGUCAUGAAAUCGCUGUCUUCUCAUUAACACACAAAGACGAUCCGAACUAUUGGAGCAGUGGUACCUACGAUGAUUGGUUAGCCGAAAUGGCUGGCGCCCGAUUGAUUAUCGAACGCUUUGCCAAUAUUACUGAUGGCUCCAUAAUCGGUAUGCGGGCUCCAUAUUUACGGGUUGGCGGCAACAAACAAUUCGAAAUGAUGGCCGAUCAAUUCUUUGUCUAUGAUGCUUCGAUUACAGCCUCUUUGGGUCGGGUGCCCAUUUGGCCUUAUACUUUAUAUUUCCGCAUGCCUCACAAGUGUAAUGGUAAUGCGCAUAACUGCCCGUCGCGCAGUCACCCAGUAUGGGAAUUAGUUAUGAACGAACUUGAUCGUCGUGAUGAUCCCACCUUUGAUGAAUCUUUGCCCGGUUGUCAUAUGGUGGACUCAUGUUCUAAUAUAGCCACUGGCGAGCAAUUUGCUCGUCUUUUACGUCACAAUUUCAAUCGUCACUACAACAGCAAUCGUGCUCCCUUAGGUCUACACUUCCACGCUUCAUGGCUGAAAUCGAAAAAAGAAUACCGCGAUGAGCUAAUUAAAUUUAUUGAGGAAAUGUUAGGACGCAACGAUGUCUUCUUUGUCACCAAUCUGCAAGUUAUUCAGUGGAUGCAAAAUCCCACCGAAUUGAAUGCGCUUCGUGACUUCCAAGAGUGGAAGGAGAAAUGUGACGUUAAGGGUCAACCCUAUUGUUCAUUACCGAAUGCCUGCCCUUUGACUACACGCGAAUUGCCUGGUGAAACUUUGCGUCUCUUCACAUGCAUGGAAUGCCCCAACAACUAUCCUUGGAUAUUAGAUCCUACUGGAGACGGUUUCUCAGUUUAAGUCGCGUUAUGCAGUUGUGAAUUAUUUAUGUAAGGUUUAAGCUUUUGUUAGGAUUCUAUAUUUGCCUUUUUUUUUUUUUUGUUAGGAAAAUUUCUCAACAAAUUCUUUUUAAAAACCAGUUCAAACACAGAGGAGAAUUACGUUAAGCUAGUAAUUCUACUGAGAGUCUGAUAAAACAACAAAUUAAAUAAAUGAAAAAGAAAAAGUUACGAAAACAAAAAGUAAAAACUAUAUAUUAUAUAUAAAAUCGUGCCCACUCACUAUAUGCUCUACUAUACAUUCUCUGAUUUCCAUUUUCUUAUUCCCUUUCUUCUCUCACAUUUCAUUCAUAAUUUGAUCUUGUUAUUUUUCCCCUUGUUUCUUUCUCUCUUCUUUCUUUUUCUCUUUUUCCAGUCUCUUACUCUAUAAAUGUUUUAUAAUUUUCCUUUAUUAUCUCUUUUCUACUUUCUCGUUCCUCUACAUAUUACCGAUAU